CUCCCCGCCCUCUCGCCGCGCGGUAGCCGGGCGACCACCCUUUGCCCGUGAAGUCUGCGGAGCGCCUCCUCCUCGGGCAGCGGGACCUGGCAGGCGGGGGCUGGGCGUGCAGCCGCCUGCCGCUGUGCUGGCCGGCCUUGCCCCGGGGGCCGCGCGGGGCGGAGACUGGGCGGCGGGGGCGGGUGCCUGUCUAGGUGGCAGGUCCGCGCGCAGCCCUCGCCAGCCGAACCUCGCGGAGCAGCUGCCGCCACCGCGCGCCCCUGGCUCGGCCGCAGUGGCCUCUGGCCGGGUCUCCAGGGGGCAGCGACAACGCACGCUGCAGGCUCCGGAAAGGAGACACCUGCAUUUGCCACAAUGCUCUCAUCCAGUGACUUUGCGUCUGCUUCUUGGGAGCUCGUGAUCCAAGUUGACCAUCCAAAUGAAGAGGAGCAGAAGGAUAUCACACUGAGAGUGUCUGGAGACCUGCACAUUGGGGGAGUGAUGCUCAAGCUAGUGGACCAGAUCAACAUAGCCCAGGACUGGUCAGACUUUGCCCUUUGGUGGGAACAAAAGCACUGCUGGCUUCUGAAAACGCACUGGACCCUGGACAAAUGUGGGGUCCAGGCAGAUGCAAAGCUUCUCUUCACCCCUCAGCAUAAAAUGCUUCGCCUCCGCCUGCCCAACGUGAAGACAGUGCGACUGCGAGUCAGCUUCUCAGCCGUGGUCUUCAGAGCGGUCAGCGACAUCUGCAGAGCCCUGAAUAUUAGAAGGGCAGAAGAAGUUUCCUUGUUAAAGCCUUCUGGUGAAUAUUUUAAAAAGAAAAAAAGAAAAGAAAAAAAUAAUAAGGAGCCCAUAAUUGAAGAUAUUUUAAGCCUGGAGUGUUCUCCAACAAAUUCGGGUCCACCAGUAAGUCCUGGCUUAUACAGUAGAACCAUGACCCCCACAUAUGACCCCAUCAACGGAACGCCAGCGUCAUCCACAAUGACUUGGUUCAGUGACAGCCCUUUGACUGAACAAAACUGCAGUAUCCUCGCAUUCAGCCAGCCCCCUCAGUCACCAGAAGCUCUUGCUGACAUGUACCAGCCUCGGUCUCUGGUUGACAAAGCCAAGCUUAACGCAGGUUGGCUAGACUCCUCACGUUCCCUUAUGGAGCAAGGCAUCCAGGAGGAUGAGCAGCUGCUGUUACGAUUCAAAUACUACACUUUCUUUGACUUGAAUCCCAAAUACGAUGCUGUCCGAAUAAACCAACUUUAUGAACAAGCCAGGUGGGCCAUUCUCUUAGAAGAAAUUGACUGCACGGAGGAAGAAAUGUUGAUCUUUGCAGCACUACAGUAUCACAUUAGCAAACUGUCGUUGUCUACUGAAAUACAGGAUUUUACAAAUGAGUCUGAGGUCGACGAAGUAGAAGCAGCACUUUCUAAUUUGGAAGUGACCCUGGAAGGUGGAAAAGCAGACAACACUUUGGAGGACAUUACUGAUAUCCCUAAACUUGCAGAUAAUCUCAGAUUAUUUAGGCCCAAGAAGCUAAUAUUAAAAGCUUUCAAACAAUAUUGGUUCGUCUUUAAAGACACGUCUAUAGCCUACUUUAAAAAUAAGGAACUUGAACAAGGAGAACCAGUAGAAAAACUAAAUCUUAGAGGCUGUGAAGUUGUGCCAGAUGUAAAUGUAGCAGGGAGAAAAUUUGGAAUCAAGUUACUAAUCCCGGUUGCUGAUGGUAUGAAUGAAGUAUAUCUGAGAUGUGACCACGAGAGUCAGUAUGCCCAGUGGAUGGCUGCCUGCAUCUUGGCAUCAAAGGGCAAAACCAUGGCGGACAGCUCCUACCAGCCAGAGGUCCUUAACAUCCUUUCAUUUCUGAGGAUGAAAAACCGGAACUCAGCAUCUCAGGUGGCUUCCGGUCUUGAAAACAUGGAUAUGAACCCGGAAUGUUUUGUGUCACCUAGGUGUGCAAAAAAGCACAAGUCUAAACAGCUGGCAGCCCGCAUCCUGGAAGCCCAUCAGAACGUGGCCCAGAUGCCCCUGGUCGAAGCCAAGCUGCAGUUCAUUCAGGCAUGGCAGUCUCUACCUGAAUUCGGCCUCACCUACUACCUUGUCAGAUUUAAAGGAAGCAAGAAAGAUGACAUCCUGGGAGUUUCAUAUAAUAGAUUGAUUAGAAUCGAUGCAGCUACUGGGAUUCCAAUUACAACAUGGAGAUUUACAAAUAUGAAACAGUGGAAUGUAAACUGGGAAAUCCGGCAGGUGGCGAUCGAAUUUGACCAGAACGUCUCCAUCGCAUUCACCUGCCUGAGCGCGGAUUGCAAAGUCGUGCAUGAGUACAUCGGGGGCUACAUUUUCCUGUCCACCCGCUCCAAGGACCAGAAUGAAACUCUCGACGAGGACCUGUUCCACAAGUUGACCGGUGGCCAGGAGUGAACAAAGCAGGCCUGCUGGACCUACACAGAGGGCAGUCCUACCCGGACGUUGGGUCAACAGCCUGCACCAUGUGUACAUUCCAGGCUGACAGCAUAUAUUCACCACCGGACACCCAGACCCUUGCCUCAUUUCCAGCACCCUGCCUAGCACAUCCCUCUCCUCACUCUGCCCUCUGCUACCCGCUGUGGAAGGGGCCUCAGUUAACCUCUUCUGUAAUGCGGGGCAGGAGAGAGGACACUGCUCGGCAUUACUCCAAGGCUCCAUGUGUAGCUAUGACCUGCAGAACCUGCAAGUGCAUGGCUAGAAGCUGUCCGUAUGCUUAUCUGCUUGUUUGCUAAGUCAAAGGAAAGACAGGUUAAAAGCACAUGUAGCAAGGACAAAUCUUAUUCCCCAAACUCAGGUAUGAAAAGAAAUGUCUUUCCUUAACAGAAGUGCCUUUAACUACCAUCUUGUGAAAAUGGCAGAGGGAGCCCCCGCAUACACUUUUGUCCCAUAGGUCAAAGUCUGGGGGUGAAGGUCUGGGGAAAGGUGGAGUUACCUGGUACCAGUUGGUGACAAGGGGUCAGAGUAGUGGCCCUCAGUGUCAUCAGUCCCGAGUGACAUCUGCCAAGGUGACCAUUGACCCAUCUGGUCUUGGACAUCGGUUACUGCCCCACCUGCAAGUCCCAUUCCAUUCCUGGGGAGCCUUCAGCCACAAUUAAAGGGGAUCCCUUAAGUCCUUCUAAAGACACAGUGACACAAGGGUUCAUGGAAACCCAUUUCUCAAACCCACUCCAUGUCUCAACAGCUUCUACUCUGGGUUGAGGCUCAGGAAGAUGGGCUUAGUUCUCUCUUCAUAAAAACCACCUCCCAGCAUCAAGGUUUCCAGUGAGGUCUCCAUCCCAACCAGUCAGGGAGAGAAGAACAGGACACAGGGCAGCCCCGUACCCAAAGACCACCAACUUAAGGGCUCUCAGCUUCCCCAGGGGCUUCUGUCUACUUAGGGCCUUUGGCUGGUCUGUGCGGUAGGGAAACCUUGCUCUUAUCACUACCCAGUGUUCUGGAUUUGUGUCUUGUUUAUAUGACUCACAGCCUUUCCCCUGAAGGCCUUUGGCUUUGUAAAUCAAAAGCAGAUAAUGGACUUCUUUUUUCCUCUACUUUUUGCUCUGCUGUCUGUGCCUUGAGACAUGAAUGUGGGCCAGUUAACAGCUGCCUCAAUUGUCAUUUUCUGUUUUGGUUCAUCAGUGUUGGGAGGAUUGAGUUUUAAGAAGGUAAAAGGCAGUACUGGGGUUAGAGGGAAAUAUCAGAUGUAUUUUAGUAUGUUUUUAUAAAUAUUCUUCUGUCACACAAAGGAUGUGGGUUGCAAGGGUAAGGCUGAGACUCUGUUUCCAUUUUGAAGUUCUUUUAGGAUGCAAACCUCAGGGGGCCUGGCUGGACUUCAGAUGCCCAAAAACAUUGGCUGUUGCUUUAUUUUCUAACAAAAGUGUUUGGGAAGAGAGAUCUCUGCAAUUCUGGGGGCCACCUCGAGACAGCCUUGGCUGGGGACCCUUGGGCCCUGAGCCAGAAGCUGUCACUGGAAAUUCCUCUUUCAGCCUCUCCUUAGAGGUGAAUGUUAUUGAAGAAUCUUCAGGCAACUGAACUUCUGAGGCCUAGCUUAAAGCCUGGAUGUGGCUUGGGCACUUGGAAAAUCUGGUCCAUGUCAAAAAGAACUGAGUUUGAAACGUUUUGUACAGAAACCAGUGCCAAGUGAACUGCGUUGAACUUGGUGGUCAUUUCUCCAUAGUCCUGGGCUCCAUUAUUUUAGAGCCUAGCUGGGCCCAACAUUAAAGUAAGCUCCUUGAUGUCACAGUUUCCCUGUCUGCUGUCAAACGCAGCUCUGCCUAAUUUACCAAAGCUAAACCUUUGGUUCAACCUUCUGCCUUAGCUUUUCCUGGUUGUCUGACAUUUCCAUGAAAACACUCAGAAGAGCUGACCAGUUUAACCAGACUUUCAGGGGAGCAUUUCUUCCACAACUCCACAGUCACAUCCCAGAGGAAUAAACAAGCAUGGCAGGAAAACCUUAAACACUGCUAUUCCAAAGAGCAACUUAAGGACUUUUUUUUACAUUGGGUGCAAAGGUCACCUGACUUCCUAUGAUGAAAUUUGAAAUGAAUGUGUGCCUUUCAACCCUGUUUGAUUUCUUAUCUACAGUACAUGGGGAAUUCUGCAUUUUUUUGUCUGUUAUUUUAUAUGACUUUUUAAAUUAAAAGGUUUAUAUGGAUUUGAAUAUGG